AGAAGGUCUGACACUGUCGGAGAUAAAAGAAGACAAACCAGGAAGAGCAACCAUCUGAAACGGACAAAGACACAAAGCCAGCUAGCAAAAAGAAUUGCUGAGAAACAACGCAGGUGAAAAGCACUUAUGAUUCAUAGAUUUGAAGAUACAAGUUAAGUACAAGAAAAGAAAAACAGAGAUGAUGAUCCUGGCCACUGUUCUGAUAUUGAUGCCUGUAAUUGUCAAGAGUACCACAAACGGGUCUGGGACGGCUUGUAUUCCGCUGGUCAGAGUGCCACGAAACACAGUGUUUCUAGCUCCUGUUACGAGCGAGUUGAAGAUAAACUGUUCUAUAACUCUACACGGAUGUCACAGGAACCCAAGAGUCUCAUGGUGCAAAAUCUACGGACAUAACUGUAACCCUUUAAAUUACUCAGAUAACAUAAGAACCGAGUGGAAGAACCUCACAGAACAUGAAGGGAUGGCUUUCCUGGUUUUCUCAGACAUCUCAAUGGAGGAUACUGGUCUCUACAGAUGUAAAGAAGGCGAUAUGUCUAUAAGUCAUGCUAUGAAUGUGACUGUGACAUCAGUAGCUGAUCUAAAUACACAGCUAAAUAACUGGUAUUUUUUGUACAUCAGCAGUGGAAUACUGGGGCUGGUUUUCAUAGUUAUCAUCGUAUCCUUUCUUUAUGCCAUUAGACACCAAGGAAGAAAGUCUACAAGAAAACAUAUGGCAAAUAAAAAUCAGUGCAUGGAAACACAAAAGGGUCUUCCUCCUGCUCUCUGUCUGAAUUCAGAUGUGCUGACCUCUGUUUUAUACCGUGCUUAACAGUCGUUAUUGUUGUAAAGAGCACAUUAGCGACUGUAAUACUUCAGAAAUUCAGUUCAUAUAUUGUAGUUUGCUUUGAAAUAGUAAUAUGCCCAGCUGUGGAAAUUAUUACUCAACAAUUGCUUCAGAAAUGUAUUUGUGAAUUGCUGAUUGUUAAUACAUUUUUCUUUAAUAAAUUCCAUAUAAAACAUA